AUGAGCAAUGUCAUUGGGGCGGUCCUCCCCGAUGAGACUCAUGAUGAAGGCACUACGUCCAAUGAAAAUAAUGAUGGUUCUUCUUCUUGCACUUUAUUCUUGGCCAAAUCUACCAUUGAACAAGCUGGAUUGGGUGUCUUUACAGCAAAACCACUCAAAAAGGGAGAUCAUGUCGGAAAUGGCGACGCCUGCAUUCCUCUCAAAGAUUUGGAAUGGCAACAAGCCGACAUGAUGGACAGCACAGACUUUAAAUUCAUCAAUCCGUUCGCCGAUUAUGUUUGGUUGGGAGAUCCGUUAGGUCUUAAACCGGAAAUUGGACCGUUUCAGUUGGUCAGUGGAUAUUGGCCAGGACUCAAUGCGGCCGUCAAUUGCCAUCCGGCCAUGCUCAACGUGGAACGAGCGACGCCUCGAUACGACAACUUGGAUGAUACCUUGCAUCGAUUCAAAGACCCAUCGGUAGGUAGUUUUACUCCCUAUUUCAAUGGAUCCUCUACAGUUUUGCACAGUGUACCUGUCGGCGGAGAACUCUUUACGUCGUAUGGCGACAAGUGGUUUGAACGACGACUGGAAAUGUUUCCGCCCAACUUUCCCGUUCCUUCUUCGUAUCGAUCGGCCCAACGCUUUUUGCAACGCUUUCAACGACACAUUCCAUCGCCCAGAACACAACAAUUGGUCUAUGACUUUGUGUUGGACUUGGAGGAUAUUUGGGAGGAUUCACGGUUCCUGCAGGCCUUGCCGAACGAUUUGGGACACGUUCACAAGGCUUUGACGGAAGGAUUGCGAUCCUUGUUUCAAGAGAGCUCUACGCGAUCGAUCGAUUGGUUGCAAGAACAUGGAGCAUGCCUUGAUAAUAUAGAAGCCAAACGAUCCACCAUUCGACAAGCUGGUAGAGGAGCCUUUGCGACACGCCAUUUGGUCAAGGAUCAAGUGAUUACGAUAUCGCCACUGAUUCACAUGUUAGAUUCCAAACUUCUGGACAUGCAUCGAUUCGACUUUAAUAUGGAAACGAAGUCUUAUACCAAACAUCACCCCAUGCCACCACAAUUGGUCAUGAAUUACUGUUUUGGACAUUCCGACACUAAACUAUUGCUCUGUCCAUAUGGGAGUGGUGUCAACUACAUCAAUCAUCAGAAUUCAUCCAUUGCCAACGUACGAAUUGCCUGGCCAGAGGAUGGUGUACUGAAUCACAAAGCUGCCAAGCUGGAUGAUCCCGUUUCACAAUGGAAUCCAGAAGAUAAAAAGUCGGUAUUGGCAUUCGAAUACAUUGCCACUCGCGACAUUUCACCCGGAGAAGAGCUAUUUUUGGAUUAUGGGCCAGAUUGGGAGGAGGCCUAUGCCCAGCAUGUCCAAAACUGGAAUCCACCCCACGACUAUGCGGACUACAUUUCAGCAACAAGUUGGAAUGAUCAACACAAGCGACAAGACAUUCUCAAAACACCGGCCGAAUUGGAAAUCGAACCAAACCCUCCGAGUCUACAGCUGCGGUGUCAUGGUGGUCUUACGUCAGCCUGGGGUUUCAAAUAUCAUGCACUCAAAUGGGAUAACGAUCCAGACAAGUACAACCCGGAAUAUGGACAUGCUUGUCAAGUGCUGGAUCGAAAGGAGGAGAUCCAUGGAGAGAUUACCUAUGAUGUGCUAAUUACUGAGAUUAUUGAGGAUGACGACGGAGAAAUCGUGGAUUACGAACGAAGGAACGUGCCGCGAAACUGCAUGAAGUGGUUUGACAAGCCCGAAAGUACCGAUAUGCAUUUGCCCAAUUCCUUUCGUCAUUCGAUUGGGAUCCCAGAUGACAUCUUUCCCGAUGCGUGGAGAUCCCACAAUACGAGAGAUGACGGUCAUGAUCCAAGUGAUAGGCAAGAUGAUGAUAAUUCGUCCAAUCAGGAACCGGUGUGUGGUAUGUACAUUGCCAAUUCCACCAUUCCAAAAUCUGGUCUGGGACUGUUCACUGGAUUUCCCCUUGAGGUUGGGGACGAGGUUGGCGAUGGUGAUGUGGCAAUCAUGCUUUUGGAACUGGAUUGGCACAAUGCCAAAGCACAAGAUGAAGAAGAUGAUGAGAAUGUCUAUCCUGACAUGACGAGCAACUACGUUUGGGAUGGACGAACCUUUGGCUUUGGCAAUGAAGCAAUUGGUGGUAUUCAUACAUUCUGGCCAGGGAUCAAUGCGGCAGUCAAUUUCAACCCCUUCCUUGUCAACGUUGACAACGAAGCCAUACCUGAAUUUGACAACGCAGGCAUACAUCGUGGAAGACACCCGGGGGCCGGUGCAUUCUCUCCGUAUCACAAAGGAAUUCCACAUGCUCAACGAAGGAUACCAACCGGCGGGGAGCUUUUCAAAGACUACGGACAAGACUGGUUUCACGAUAGGCAACAGCCAUACAUGCCAACACUUGAUGACAUUCAGGAUGCUCAAUAUCUCUUGUACGACUUUUUCAACAAGUUUGGCGAUCAAAGUGGUGUGUAUAACCUUAUUAUUGAUAUUCGCAACAUAUGGCCUUCCCGGCUGCUGAAUGCUCUGCCGGAAAAAUAUGGCGAGGCAGCUAUAGCCGCUCUUGGCGAAAUUGCCGAUGUAUUCCAACCAAAUGCCACGCGAGAAAUCGAAUGGUUGCAAGAACAUGGGAGAUGCGUGGAUCAUAUUGUUCCUGGAGUUUCUACCCUGCCAAAUGCUGGUCAUGGCGCUUUUACAAAACGAUUCAUUCCAGAGGGCACUAUCAUCAGUGGGUCUCCUCUUCUUCACAUGUUUGAAGAUGUGCUGGAAAUGUAUGACCUGGUCUAUUCCGACUCUACUGGAGCACGGCGAAAACCGUGGUCGAAGAGUGGCUAUCAGCUCUUGCUGAAUUAUUGUUUUGGCCAUCACGAAUCAUCGCUGCUCUUGUGUCCAUAUGGCCCAGGAGUCAAUUACAUUAACCACAACUCGACCAUGGCCAACGUGAAGAUACAAUGGGCACCACAUGGAGUAACUGGACAGAACAAUUCAUGGUUCUCGAUGGCCCCAAAGGAUAUGCAGUGGAACUACAAACAGAGUCUUGCAUUGGACUACGUUGCUACUAAAGACAUCCCGGAAGGUGCUGAACUAUUCUUGGACUAUGGGCCGCUCUGGGAAAUGGCAUGGAAAGAGCACUUGUUGACAUGGACGCCAAAGGACCGAUGGUUGUCCUAUUUGUCCGCCGCAACCAUGAACAUGCUAAUGAAACAAAAUCCGCUGCGGACGCAGGGGGAGCAAAGAGACUCGCCAUAUCCUGCCAACGUCAUGUUUCAAUGCGAUAGAGCCACAGUCCCUGAAAUCGACUAUGGGUCGUUUGCACCAAUCAAUGAUAUUCACCCUUGCAUCAUACUCGAACGCUAUAAAGAAGGGUCGGGUGUAGAUGAGUAUGUUGUCCGCAUGCAAGUGAAGGGAGAAGAAGAGCCCGAAAUUCACAAUCUUUCAAGGGAGGCAAUCAAGUUUUAUGACAGACCCUACACGUCAGACCUUCAUCUCCGUUCUUCUUUCCGUCACCGUAUUGGUUUUCCGGAAGGAAUGGUUCCAAACGAGUGGCGAGACUCCGAAUCCUCACUAUUCUUUGCAAAUAUUGAGGAUCUAGGCGCUCAGGUGAAUGACGAACUAUAA